GAUGAGAGAGAAUAGAAAGCCGGAAAAGCGACGGUGAUCUGGUCGACGGUGAAGAUGCUGGCGGUGCUCGAUCAGACGGUGGCGAAGAGCCCGGAGGGGCUGAGGGUUGCCGGAGACGAUGGAGGCUCCGGCGUGGCGGCGCUGUUGGAGAAGUUCGUGACGGACUACGAUGGAACGGUUGUGGUCGAACUUGAGAGCAGUUGUUCCUUAGCGUACACGGUCAAGAAGGAGAGCCCUCUGCUUACGAGACUAUUUGCUGUUCUCGAUAAUAUAUUCUGUUUGUUUGAAGGAGAGUUUGAAAAUGUUGGUCUUUUGAAGCAGCAAUAUGGACUGAACAAGACUGCAAAUGAGGUUGUCAUUGUGAUAGAAGCCUACAGAACAUUAAGAGAUCGAGGUGCUUAUCCUGCUGAUCAGGUCGUGAGAGAUUUUCAUGGGAAAUUUGCAUUUGUUCUGUAUGAUAACACAAAUAAGUCGACCUUCAUAGCAGCUGACCCUGAUGGUGGUAUCCCAUUCUUCUGGGGAUGUGAUCCUGAAGGUCAUCUUAUCCUCUCCGAUAAUGUGGAUUUUCUCAGACUAGGAUGCGGGAAAUCAUUUGCACCAUUUCCGAAAGGUUGCUUCUUCUCAACCAAAGGCGGACUGCAGAGCUACGAACACCCUCUGAACGAGUUGAAACCAGUUCCAAGGGUGGACAGCAAGGGGGAAGUGUUGGGUGUUACCUACAAGGUUGAUGCACAAACUAAAAAGGGGUCUUCCAUGCCAAGGGUUGGCAGUGCUGCUGAUUGGUCCUCUCAAUACUAAUUCAACAGCCAGCUACCUCAUUAAAAAUAAAUCAAUCAGGGCUCUUUGUUUUGCCCAUGAAUGCUCUCUUCUUCUUCUUCUUCUUCUUCUCCUGUUCUUGUUGGAUUUCCAUGAUGUUGUUUUCCCCUUCAUGUUUGCUGUGAGAUUUAAUCUUUGAUCAGCUGAACCUUGAAGACACAACUGCUUGUUCAUCCAGCUGGACUUUUAUAUCUUGUGUGUAGUAGCAUCAUCACAUCCUUUUGAAGGAUUAAUUUCGUGUACUCGUA